GAAGAGAAAGCGCAGGGAUUAGUGUGUUUAUAGCUCUGAUCGCCCUGCUGAACCGGAGUCAGUCUGCUAUUCAAAACACACACAUGUAAUUUGCAUUCGCAGGUCGCUGCUGCCCCAACUUAUCUUCAAAUAUCAGCCUCUUUGAUUUUAUUUACUGAGGACGAGUUGUUUCUGCGGACUGUAGCUGUGAGAUACCGUCACCACCCACCAUCUGUGGAAGUGGGACAAGGGAACAGAUGGCGCAUCCAAACCGGGCUGCAGGAAUUACUUAACCAUGACGGGGUGACUAGGAUAAAUGUGACUGUCAGGGAGCGACGCAGAUUGACCAAAUUUAUGUACGACGAUCCGACCACUGGCAUCAACUUAAUCCCUCUUGACGUGUCUCUGUCUCGUUGAACAAUGGUUGACAACCGCUACGCCACAGCUCUGGUCAUCGCCUGCGUGCUGAGCAUACUGGCCACCGUGUAUCUGUCGGUGGCAAUCGGAACACAGCAUUGGUACCAGUACAGCAGCCCCGCGGUGCGAGGAGAGGGCAACAUCACCGAGCUGCGCUCCCUGUACGAGGAGUUCAUGGACGGGGAGUUUGAUGAGAAAACCUACAGCGACACACUGUUCCGCCUCAACGGGACUGUGGGCCUCUGGUGGCGGUGUGUGCUUGUCCCGGCCAACGCUCCCUGGUACAGGGAGCCAGAUGUGAAGUUGGUGCUGGAGUGUCGAAGUUUUAAUCUACCUCAGCAGUUCACUCCCAAGUACAAAGAACCAGGGAACCACAACAGUGGAGAGGAUAUGCUUCGCACUUACCUGUGGAGGUGCCAGUUUCUGCUACCACUGGUGUCACUGGGCCUGGUGGUGUUGGCAGGCCUGACUGGGUUCUGUGCCUGUCUCUGCAGAAGCCUCACCCCCACUCUGGGGAUAGGCGUGCUUCACCUGCUGGCUGGUCUCUGCACUUUAGCCACAGUGUGCUGCUACCUGGCAGGAAUGGAUCUGCUACACAGGGUUUCGAUGCUUCCUGACAAGGUGGAUGGCUCUCUGGGCUGGUCUCUUUACCUGGCUCUUAUUUCUUCACCACUCCAUAUGAUGGCCGCAGCACUACUGGUAUGGGCGGCACGCAGUCAUAGUCAGAACUACUACCGCAUGACUGCUUACCGCGUGGCGUAGACUGAGAUUCAGCUCUGGAUCUCAAACCCUGUUUGUAAGUCAUACCCCACUCUGACACCAAGGUGGAUUUUAUAAUGAUCUCAGAGCAACAAGAUGUAGGUUAAUCCAUUGGAUUAACAUGCAUAUACUCUCUAGUAAUGACCCUAUCUGCUGCAUUAAAAGAUUUGAUUUUUAUCUUGCUGGUGGUUAGCGAAUUCGUUUUAAAAAAGUCAACCACAAAGACUAGUCUAGUACAGCAAAUAAUUGGUUUAUACUGCCUUAACUCCAAGCAGGAAAGCAUUAGCUGUGUCACAGUUUCAUACUACAUACAAAUUCAAUCAAGAUUCUGAAUACAUAGUGUUAACACACUGUGGCUAAAUACACCUGAUAGUUAAAUCACAGUUUAUUUUCCAUGUUUCUAGAGUUAGUAAUAGGAUUAUACUCACUAUGUUACCUACAGACAUUAUGCACAAGUCAUAGUUCAACUCUGAUUUGUGCCUAAUGGGCUUGUCAUAGUUAUGCAUGCACAGUUUUCUUGUUCAAUGAGGGACAUUUCAUGUGCCUGCUUUCAGGUUUAUGUCAGUAUAGCUUCUAUUAUUAUCCUGUCGUACAUCAUUAUAGGGAUGUUGCUGCCUUCUUAUUGUUCCCUGCACUGUGUUAUAACAGCAGAUACCCACAUCAUACUUCAAAAAAAAAUUCAACUGAUGAAGAGCUAGUUUCGACAAAAAAUGUGGCAUAGGGUUUCAUUAAUCCAAAAAAAAAAACUGUCUGAAAACAAAGGCACUCACAACUGGACAAAAAAAAACAGUUAAGUUAUUUAUACUACUCAAAAACUCAGGGAAAACUCAUAUUUAUAAAAACAGACGUGUCUAAAAUCAUGGUUUGAUCAAUGUCCAUCAAUAUGCAUCUUGUAUAGUUUCCAACUGUUUCCAAAAACAUGACACUAUAGAGCUCAAUAGACUUAGUAGCACAUAGUGGAGACUAUGUUAAGUUUGUGGUAUGGAAUUAGGAAACACAAACUGUUUUUCUGACAUCUGCUGGCUGAAUUUUUCAAGUCUGAGUUGCUUCUGAUCUCACCCACAAUCAUAAUUGGAUAUGGUGACAUUUCACCUCUGUUAUAGAACACCUGAUAGUAAUGUACAAGUGCACGGGACACAGCCUGAUUAUGUUACGGUAGCAAAAUACAAAAUAAGCGUAUGACAAUUAUGCUGACGGGGUUUGCUGUUUUGUAGUGUUUCAUUUCAGCUGCUUUGAAACGUAGUCUGAGAAUGUCAUAUUUGUGAGGUAUACAGUGAGUUAGGAAAUGACUGUAUUUAUGUUUCUGUUAUUACAAAAGAAUUUAAUGUCUGUAGUGUCUUUUUAACGCAAGUGAUAUUUAUUUAUUUAUGGCAGUUAUUGAGGCAGACUGCGUUUGUGUUUCUAAUUUGUUUACCCAGUGUAUUGUUUUGUUUUUAUCAUUUUUAAUGCAUAUUUUUUAAUGUUUUGGUUUUGUAGAUCUUUGAAGUCUGUUAAAAAGUCAUUUACUCAACAUAGUAGUGCUAAUUCAACAGUUUUGUUAACCUCAUACACUUAAUCCUUUCUGUGAAUUUUGCCUAUUAUUUAGUGUUUAUUAUUAUUUAUUUGAUUUAUAUUCGUACCUUGGUUCAUUUAUUAAUUUCUUUGUUACCACCCUUAUGGAAACAACAAACACAUGAAUUAAUUUGAACUUAUGAUUUAAGGAAAUAGUUUCCCCCUCUUUGCCAUUAGGAAUGUACUUGAAAGGCCAUAUUAUAAUAAUCCCCAAGUAUAGCUUUGCACUUUAAAUAAGUUUAAACAUAUGCUCAAUAUUGUUGUAGUGAUUGGUGGUAAAGUUCUAUUUUUUGACAAUGUUAAUAUCCAACUAUUUAAAUAUAUUUGGAAGAAAACAGCAUUAUUACCGUUGAAACCAUGCUAUAUGUCCACAUAAAUAUAGAGAAACACUGUUCCGAAGGUUUCAUGAAAUUAAUGAAUGUCUGUGAAAUAAUGCACUAUUUGUGGUCUCAUGAUAAAUAAGACUGUAUUUCACACAUUCAGCCUUUAAAUAUAAGAAAUCCCUAAAUACAUUGUAGCAUAUUCUAUGGCAUUUGUGAAUCUACAGUGAAAAUGUUGUUCUUUCUCCAGUUGUGAGUUGAAAAUGUUACUAACUGUAAACUUGUGUGCAAGUGUAUGCAAGCGUACACAUGCUUUCAAUUCAAUAAAAGCUUUCUUAAAAAUGUA